AACGCGUGUCGCGUCAAAUCUGAGAACGCGCAGAGCCGGCUAGAAGCGCGUGGCCGUAGCCGUUACGAAUGAGCGCUUGUUUCAGAUGUGUCGGAUGUCUUGUGACAGCCGCUGAAAUAAGUCCGCGCAAGCCGCGGCUGUUCUGUCCGCUUUUAUUAUUAGCUAUUGGUAUUAGCUGAUUUGUAUCACACGGAACGUUCCGGAGAACUUGUCUUCGUGCCGCUUUGGUGAGAGAUGGCCACGGACCGCGAUGAGGUGGAAACAAUAUUGAGCUCCAUCCUCGCAAGUGAGAAGGACGGUCUCACCUUGCGACGCCUUGAUGAUGAGUACCGGGCAACUGUGGGAACGUGUAUACCAUUCGAGGAGUUUGGGCAUGAUACCUUGGCUGAGUUUCUGGAAAGUAUGCCCGAGGUGGUGUCCCUACAGAGGGGCUUCAACAAAGACAUUAUUGCACAUGCGGCUUACAAUGCUGUGACGGCCCAUGUGACAAAAAUGGUUGCAGAGCAGAAGUCAGGCCCCGUGAGAGUACAUAAGCAGCAUGUACAAAGACCCUGCCACAGGAAUGUUCACCCUUACCGCAAGCAGCUGUGGGCAUCUAAAAAUUCAAGUGCCAGGGACACCUACAACUUUCAGCCACUGAUGGAGCUUCCUGGCAAUGUCGAGCAGUUUCGCAGUUCACAAUAUUCAAACAGACCUGGAGCCAAUCGGAAACGCCGAAGCAUGAAAUUUCCCAUGGCUGGAAACUUCGUGUACGGCAAUGGCCGUGGUAGCAGCAGCAGUAGUGAAAGGAACGUCGCUGCUGAUGACCUGCAGACGCAGCGAACAAAAGGUUGGUGCACAGCCAACAUGAUGGCAUGGAUGUCCUUCCUGAAAGCAGCUGGCAUAGUCCGCAAGAUGGCAGUUGCGUACUCCAGGCUGCUGAUGUUGCAUGGUGUGAACCCAAGCAGCAUGUGGCUCUGCACAGGCCAGGACAUAUUUCAGAUGGGCAUCAGUAAUUUCCGUGACAUCCACCUGAUCCAAGAGCAUGCUCAUCAGCUCCAUGCCUUGCACCGAUCUUCAGUAAUAGCUUUGUGGGUGCCAUGUGUGAUGGCUGCGGGCACUAAGCGCUGUCAACCAUGGCGUCCAAGAUUUAUGCAACGUGCUAAACACUACACGCAAGUCUUUGACGUUGACAAUUGGCUGGAAGGAGCAGGAUACCCUGGCACAUUCAAUGAAGGCUCUGCAGGGCAAGAUGGAUCAUUGGUGCACGUCCCCCUGCGCCGCAACAGGAGAUCGGACCGUGCCAAGGGCCACUAUAAUUAUUCAGUGACCUUGGAGAACGAAUGCUGGUUAGAAGAUGACCGGCUGCACUUGUCUCCACCGCUUAGGCGCACCCGGAUGCUCAAACUGAAGCAUGGCUUUGUUCCCACUGCUCUGAACUUCCAGUCUGUUGUUAGCGAGUCUUCUAUCAAGCGGAGGCUUGGCUGGCGUCACUGAGGAUAGCUCUCUCAUCUCAUGCCACUUGUGUAGCAGUGAUGUUCCAUUUAGUGCUCCAUGUCGUGCUGCAUGUCGUACUCCAUGUUGUGCUCCUGUGCAACAUUUUAACUGCAGUGUGUUUGAGCUGUACAGUGCCAGGCUAGAUCGCACACACAAAGCUGGCACAUGCUUUGCUUUGAAAUCUGUGGAGACUGUGAAUUCCUGUUCCCAAUUAAAGGUGGACAAUCGUAGCUUGUGCUUGUGUUUUAUCUUCGGCAGUUGCUUGUAACUGUGCUGUGCAUUCUCAAGUUGUACUUAAACAUCUGUAGAUUACAUGUUGCAUGUUUUGUGUCGCUUCUGUGUUUUACAUCCAUCUCUGAUUUUUCAUUGAAUGCUGCACUGUUCACAGUACAAAUGUUGAUGUAAGCAUCAGCAAACUUAAUGCUGACCAAAGUGCAAUCACCAAAGUGCAAAUGGAGUGAAGACAUGCUGAACUGUAAACAAAGUAUUUGUGUGCCACCCGCAGUUAUUGUAAAUAUCUCCUCUCUGGUAAUGCUGAAAUGUCUGGUUUUAUCCCCCCCCCCCCCCCCAGACCCAGCAAUGGUCGUUGUUUUACCAUACUUUGAAGACUGAAAUUGCUGGGAGCUGCUUUAUUAAUGUCACUCUUAUAAAACCUAGCGAUCACCCUUCAACAGGUCUGAGAGGGUGAAGUUUACUUUGUUUAGCAUUCUCAUGUUAUGCAUGUACAUAACUUAUCAAAAUUAUGCCUGGAUACAGCAAAUUGCUGCUUAUCAUGCCUGGUGUGCACUGCGGUGGCUCCCAUUUGCCAUUUUAUGCAACUAGUCACCAAAUCAUUUUCUUUUUCUGACAGUUUUGAUUAUUGUGUUUAUACUUAUUGCUUUAUGGAUUGGUGUGAAGUUACCGAUUGAAAAUGUCUGACCAGACUUAAUGGUAAUUUCAAUAGUAAUAUGGUAAUGCACAAGCACAUUUUGUCCAUCUCUUGGUGCAUCGGUGGCUCACUAACACGCUGGCAAUUGAUAGUUUGUGAAAUUGUUGCUCCUGCUAAAUUUACGAAAUGGUUUGCCUGCGUGAUUAAGUGGCAUUGCAUUCUUUGGCUACAUACUUCCUGCUAUUGUAAUUUUUUGCAGUGCUUUUUUUUUUUUUUUUUUUUACUGUUUACUCUAGCUGCUGACAAGAUUUUGCCAAGCAGAAGUGCCCUUGUCUGCAAAUUAAUCUUUCAAAUUUGGUUGUUACCCAGAAACUAUGUGUAAUUAAGUGGCAUGUGCUUAAGAAGCAUUGUCAUACCUUAAAGGGGCUCUGCAACACCUUUGCUUAAAGAAAUAUUGACAACACACAGGAGUAAGUGUGAUACCCUUCAAUGAAUAUAUUCCCGCAAAAACUUUUGAAAAGGGCCUAAUGAUGGAGAUAUAAAGAGCACAAUGUUUACUUUAUUCGUGUGUCCUCAACAUGUUUCCUCCCAGCUGGGAUGGUGCUGAUAGCAGUGCCACGCUUAUCGCUCCUUUCAUACUUUCCGAGGCGUUGUUUUGGUAACGCCUUAAGGUCUGACAAAGAUUACAGAUAGCGACAAAGGAGCGAUGACAUGACAAGUAGAACACGUUGACAACCGAUUUUUUUCCCCCUAUUGCUUGAAGAUCGGAGGGCUCUGUAUUCGUGCGCAAGCUUUCAAUCGAUAGUAACACGUGAUCAUGAACAAUUGCCCAGCGCAUGGUGUCUAUGGGCUGCUGUGUGGGUGUAUGUAAGCAUAAGUGGGGCAUAAUAGAUAGGACUUCAAAAGCCACCCGAGAGAGUGAGUGUUCUUCUAUGCAAGAUUGUGGGCUCCCUGCUUCAUGCAACGAAACAAUAAUUGGCCCACAUGUUCAUGGCUGUAUAAUUUAUAGAUUGCACCGUGUUCGAAAGAUGUUGUAUUGCCCCUUCGACAAUAAAUCUGCCAAUAAACCAAUACGGUCUGAGUCACUGACUUUAGGAGAGCGCAGGUGAAUUGAAAGAAAGCUGCAAAGACUACAUGCAAUUAGUAGAAAUUAAAUCCAUUACACUUGAAAUUAUUAUUUGUUGUAUGACUCAUGUGCAGUGAUUAUUUGUUAGUUGACUCAUGUGCAGUGCUGUACGUGUAUGCCUUAUGGUUGAUGCCCACUCGUAUUUACAUAAUUGCUAAAGGAUGCAGCAUUAAGAGUUCUACACCACAGCUAAAAUGCUAACUUAUUCCAUAGCCAUGAGUUAGUGAUGAAUAUGAGCAUGAAUGUGAGUGUCGGCGAGGGUGGAGUUCUGCUCAAUUUUGCUAGACGUGGGAUAGCUCCAUUGCUGAUUGUCAGCCAUCAGGGGAACAAUGGUAGGUGUCUUCUUGAGUUUAUCAUAAACUAGGAAUUCUUUUUUUUCUUUUCUUGUGGGUCUUCUUUUGCAGCCUCAUGUGGUGCAUCAGGUAAAUGCCAAACUUUCAUUCUGUGGAUAUACCACUAUCUUGUAAAUCUCAGCAGAAUUAAAUUGCCUAACCUUGAAGCUUGCUUUUUGACAUUUACUUUCUUUCUUUAGUAGUUUUCUUGUAGUCAUGUUGUACAACUACUGCUUGUGUAAGUAGUAUCACUUUGAGCAUUUGCUACUUGGCUAAACAACUGCUUCCGCUGGUUUAACCAAGUAUGUGAUUAAUGAAAUUUUGGGUUGGCACGCACCCAAUUCCUACCAGUGUUGCUUUCAGACUAUGUGACGAGUAGAUAAAAUCUGGUGAUGUCCAUGGGCGCUGAGUGUGCCAUGCUGGUUAUUAUUCAAUACGACGUUGUGCCUAUUCGUGAAUCUACAUACAUUUAAUGUCUUCAUUACAAUGUGUUGGUGUGGCUGCUCCACGUUGCUGUUGCACCUGCUAUCUUUACAGAAAAGACUGUGCUGUGCGCGGCGGUGGAAAACUUGUCGCAACAUGUUGCGCUGACUUUUCUUCCUCCAUGGCUGCAUGUUAUUUAACAAAUUGCUGUGCCUGCAACAUCUUGCUGAUUUUCGCAAAAAUGAGACUAAAAUAUUUUGAGGCAAAGGCUGGAUUCAAAUAGUUACAAUUGACACUUUAAACAGGAAAUGGCAUGCAACUGUGUUUAGGAUCCUUCUCACCCUAUUCGCACAAUUCGCAUGUUCAACAAGAGAUUGGCUUCUUUUGUUGCUACUUAAUGCUGUGGCUACUUAUACCUAGUGAAUGUGCGAUGCAUGUAUUUGUGUUCACAUGUAUCUGCAUAAAUAUGAGUUUUCUUUGGUAUUAUGUGUAGUCUCAUAGUGUGUGCAAGAGAUGGAAGCAAAGGCACUUGGAUCACUUGGUGUUUAUC